UGUGUAUUUUUUAUCAAUCGGUCAAGAACAGAACGUUUGACGAGGCGAGCGCAGAACCACACAAAAAAAAAUAAUAGGGAACCAAAAAGCAACAGUGUACAAAAAGAACAGUUUAUAUUGUUCAACGCGUGCUGUUAUUCCACACACACACGGAAGAAAGACCGUGAAGAACGAAAACAAUUAAAAUUGUAUAAAGUAAAGCAAACAAAAAUUAAUAAAUGUAAAUAGUUUGCUGGUCCAUAAUUCAAUUAGCAAACAAUUAAAAAAACGCGCGCUCAAUCUGUGGGCAGCAUUUAUUUAAACACAAAAGUUCGAACUAGUUUUCCCGAGGCAAAAGUCGAUAUAAAAACCCACUAAUUUGCAUAAAUAAAUAAACCAACAAACAUAAACGCUGCCAAACUUGAUGAAUGCUUUGGAAUUUGUCCACAAAAAACGUACAUAAAUACAUGUGUGUGCCUGCGAGUACAUAUGUAUAUGAAUUCUUUUUAGAAGCAACCCGACAUCCCAACCCACACACACACACGACUACCUACUCCAAACAACAGCCCGAACGUCGCCGAGCAACACACGAACGCGAGCGCAAAGCUCUCGCUCUCUCUCUCGCGAUCAUCAAUCGGUAUUUCUUCCCCCUCAAUCACAUCAGAUCGCACAGCUGGUGGAGGCAGUCGGUACCCAGCAAAAUUGACAACAAAACGCCAAGAACAAACGAAAAUAUUAUGAAAAUUGUUGUAGAUUUUUGCCAGUAAUUUCCAAAAAUCGAAACGCGGAAAACAAAGCAAAAAAUUUCACUAAAAUAUAUACAAGUGACUGACGGACGCGCUGAUAAGAAUUACUUAUCAAGAAAUUCAUACAAAAGUGUGCGUCUAAGUUCUGUGUGUUAUGAUUAUAGUAGUAUGUGCAGUUGGCGUCGUGCUAAUGUGCUUCAUUAUAAAUAAAUUUCAGUCUUAAUCUCUGCCACAUGUGUGACCCAGUUUUAUAAAGAGAGAAACCAAAUAAAACUGAAGAAUACACAAGCAACAAUGAAAUUUACAUACAUAUGUAUAAUCGAGGCCCUCCCCCUCCUUAAUGUACGUGUGCCCAUGCAUAAUAAUUAAUUAUUACAAAAGCGAGUGAACACUUUAACCGAAAUACAAUUUCAAUUAAUUAACAAAACAUCAAGGAAGUAAUAUAAACGAUAUUUACAACAAAACCAACACCAAAUACAUAUUUUUUCCGGUCUUGUUUAUAAACCAACGAGGUGCCAAAAACCAAAAAGAGGAAUAUAUAAGAGAUCGUAAAGUGUGAACUGCGCAGUCGCAGUCGCAGCAGCGCCUGUGCGCCGGCGCACAGCCGGAGAAGCCCCCGCACUCGGAGCAGAUAUUCCUUUCGGGCCAAUUACGAUGACAGAGAAUCAGCUGUAUCCCAUGUCAUCGGAAUUCUUUGACACUGGCUCCAACAGCAGCAGCAAUACGUUGAAGUACGAUCUGUAUUCCCUGGGAUCGAGCGUUGUGGGCGUUGCGGCCCUGCCCACAUUGACCAUCAAUACGGGCUAUGGGAGUAGCAACAAUCAAUGCUCGACGGGCACCACAAAUACCUGUAAUGUAAUGCUUAGUACAACGGCCAUAACCAUACCACGUAGCAACAAUCACAACCAGAGCCAUCAUCAUCCGUACCAGCAGCCGGAUCUACAGACGCCGCGACAUCAUCCCAGUCCGUUGCAUACAUUGCCCAGCAUGGCGACCCACCACCAGCAACAGCAGCAGCAGCAGCAGCAACAACAGCAGCAACUCCAGCAACAGCUGCAGCAGCAACAGCAGCAGCAGCAGCAGCACUCGCAUUUGGCUUUGGGAGAACUCUCCGAUUUCGGUUUGGAUGCCCUCGAUGCGGCCUCCCUGUCGCCCACAUUGCUGCAGGACGUUAGCCUGAGUGCUGCAUCGCCAUUGAACUCCACGCUGUACAACGGCGGCAACAGCAGUGGGGCCGGGGGCUACUUUGCACCCGAUAUGAGCCAAACGCUCAGCCUGAACGUGGUCAGCGAACAGGUGCUGCAGCUGCAGGACGGCGUCGCAGGACAGAACGAGCUGCUGUACGAGAUGACGCCCAAUUCGAAUACCAUGUGGAGUGAUAUCAGCAGUGCCAUUAUCCAUACCAAACACGAACCAUUUAGUCUAGACGAUGAUUACAUUUUCCCCAACGACAAGGCUGAAAUACAGGCCGCCGAUCUGGCCGAUCUGAAUGGCGGUGACUUUCUGGAUGUCAUUGGGAGCAUGGAGGACUUUCUGCCCCCGGCAACAGUCUCGCAAAGUGUCAAUUUCAUGUUGUCCCCGCAGGGGGCCCAGGGACAGGACUCGCUGGUGGCACCACCCAUGGAGUUGCUUCAGCAGCAGCAGCAACAGCAGCAUCAGCAGCACCAGUUCCAUGUGGGCAGCCUGCCGCAAUCGCAGACGCUCCUCACACUGACCCAACAGUCGAACAGCAGUUCCUCCACUAGUCCCUACGAGAUCUACCACAGUACACCGCAGAAGCCGCAGCAGCAGCUGGCGGCCAGCUUCUCGCCCGGCAGCCAAGCGUCGCACUCCCCAUUGACGCCACCGCCGCCGCCGCACGCCAAUCGCUCCCAGUACCAGAUGGUCAAGUCGCGGAACAUGCAGGAUCUCAUCAAGAAGGGCUUUCCCAUGUCUUCGCCGCCGGAAAGAUCGAUGCUGAGCCAGUCGGCCGCCCUGAGUCCGGGCGGCAGCAGUGGCUUUGGCAGUGCCGCCUCCGGGAACAGCACUGCCCCGGAUGGAAGCGGUCCGAGCAGCAGCAGCAGCAGCAGUCAGGCGGCCGGAGGGGCUAGCAGUGUACGCAAGUCGUUUGGCUUUCAAGGAGGCUCCAUGGAGAGCAGCAACUCGCAGCUGAGCCGACUGAGCUCGUCGGCGCCCACCCACCUGGGGAAUGAGCAGAUUUGGAUGCGACGAGAGCCGCGUCAGCAUUUACUCUCUACCGGCUCGCUGGCCGAGGCCGAGAGCUUCUCAUCGCUGAGCACGGGCAGUGUCCUGUCGCCGGAUGGCAUUGACUUCUCGCAGGACGAUGAGGACGACAACUCGAGUGAGAAUAGCGACAACUACGACGACUUUAGCAGCGACAACGGCGGUGGCUCUGGCGAUGAGGACGAGACACGCACCUCAACGCCCAACCAAUUGUCCAGCAGCAAGGGGAAAGAGCGCUUCUUCUGGCAGUACAAUGUACAGGCCAAGGGACCCAAGGGCAAGCGUUUGGUCUUCCAAUCCAAGCUCGAGGAUCCGCAUCAUCUCAACGAGGUCACCGAUCCCGUCUUCAGUCCCACCUGCUCGGUGCGAGGCAUAAAAGUGUACAAGCAUAGCGGCAAGGCCCGCAAGGGCGAUGGCAAUGACCUGACACCGAACGCCCGAAAACUGCACAACAUUGGCAAGGAGCUGGACAAACUGAGUCGCACCAUCAACGACAUGACACCCGUAUCGGAGCUGCCCUUCAAUUCGCGUCCCAAGUCGCGCAAGGAGAAGAACAAGCUGGCCUCCCGUGCCUGUCGCUUGAAGAAGAAGGCCCAGCAUGAGGCAAACAAAAUUAAGCUGUAUGGCCUUGAAAUAGAACACAAGCGCCUCAUCAAUGGCAUUGCCGAGCUCAAGCAGGCCUUGGCCCUUAAGCAUCGCACCAAAAGUCUGGGCGGGUCCACGGAGGAGGUGGAUCUGCAGAUUGCACGCAUUUAUACAACGGCCAAAACUGGUGUUUGCAUCGCGGGCGGCUCUACGGAUUUCGUGAACAAAGUGCUGGAGAAUAUGCGCGGCGGCUUGCACAAUGGCGGCCUGGAGGACCUGCGUAAAUCAUCAUAGACCAAAAAAAAAACCCAACAACAACAACCACAAAAACAGAUUAAAAGCUAACGAACCGCCCAUCAAGAAUAGAAUAGUUUUACGUUGUAGAGAUGUCCCGCUGAUAAAACUGAUAACAGAACUCAGGAUGGCCUCUCCCCCCAAAAAAACCCUCAUCAAAAAAAUACAAUAGAUGUUGUUUUUAAUGUUUUUUUUUUUGAUAAUGUUCUGCUGGAGUGAUAUAAUAUUGAUAACCGAUAUAUAACUGUGAUUUAAAGAGCCUGGGCUUUGGAUGUUUUUUUGUAUGGCAUGCAGAUGAAAGCCUUUAAAAACCGAAGAACCAGAGCCAAAAAACAAAAACAAAAGAAACACAAAAUUCCUUUUGAAAAUGAAACAUUAACGAAACGAAACAAAACAAAACAAAAUCCGAAAAGAAAGAGGCAACCACACAAAAGAAAACAAAACAAAAAACUAAAAACAAAAAGAAAGAAAAUACUAAAAAUACGAAAUUUUGUUUAGCCAUUAAGUUUUUUUUGUUUAAGGAAAGAUGAGAAAAAUAUUGUCCAGGAAUCUGAAAUGGAAGGAUGGAUGGAUGGAGAGCAAGUGAAUCGCUACCAGUUUUACCUGCCUAGCGAGUAAGGGAGGAAGGGAUGAAGGAUUAGGGAUGGAUAAACAGUUUCUAACAUAAAAGAACGCUAUAAAUCUUAAACAUAUAUGAGAAUAGGUUUAUAUACAACUGCGAUUUAAUUGUUUAAGUUUUACAUUUUGCUAUAAUCAUUGUCUAUCUAUCUAAUUUGGUUCACUGUUGUAGGUCUUAGGUUUUUCUGAAUGUGGAUAAAGAGCUUUUAUUUAAACAGACACAUGAAUACCUUAUGAAUACAUAACACUUAUCGUUAAUCCAAAAUUGUUUCGGCCCCCUUACACACAAUAUUCAAUUUAAUAUUAAUAUAUUUAAUGGUCCUUGGUUGUCAGUUUUUAAGUUUCUUUUUGCAAUUUUGUUAAUGCAAGUUUUGAUUGAUUCCAGAUGAUGGGAAUUUUUGAUUAAUUUACUUAUAAAUACUAUAAGAACUAUACUGUAAACAUAUACAUAUAUACUAUAUACAUAUGCGUGGUGAUAUAAUUUUAAUUUUCCUUUUAUGCUUUUAUUUUCCUGAUGUUAAAACUCUCCAUAACCAGAGAAUGAAAUAUUUAGUCUUAAGUUUUUUUCUAUUAUCCAUACCUUCAAUUACAAGUUUAAUCUUUAGGUCGUCGCAUCAUUUAUCAAGUUUAAAUCCCCAUUUCGCGGGCUAUUUCCAAAAUUAAUUUUUAUAAAAAUACAAAAAGAAAACAGAAGAAAAAAACACCAAACAAAAACGUAAUCUUAUUUUGAGUUUUAUUAUUAAAAUCUAUCUACUUUAUUUUUAUUUUAUUUUUAUUAUUACUAUAAUUAUGAAUACUUUUGCUCUGCUUCGAUGCUAAUUUUGUGAUAUUUGUAUUCCGACUUUUUUUUUAUUUGUUGUGCGGUUUUUCGGAGGCGGGUUCCUCGCACUUUGGGUUCUAUAUUUUCUACAAACUAUAUGCAUAUUCGUAGCCUUUUUUCAAACUGCUAUUUGUUGCUUAACGAGUUGUGUUCAGUUGAUAUCAAAAAUGAAGGAAUUAAACUACAUUCUAGCUGAGGGAAAUGGGAAACGAAACGGAUCGAUGAAUGAGAAUAAGAACGAAAAUACAAAUUACAAAGUGAUUCAAGUUAAAAACUUAGAACUUAGGCGAUGAACACGUGGACAAAAACAAAUUUUAGCUGUUAAAACUAGGCUUACAACAAAUUAAACACGAAAACAGAAACAACAAAUAUGCGCACAUAAAUUAUAACAAAAAAAAUUAAAUACUAAAUUACUAUAUUGGCCAUCAGUUAUUUAGGGUUUUCAAAUGUCUCAUGUCUUAGGAGCUUAACCUCAUUACAUAAGUGAUAAGAAUUCAAAAUUAUAAAAAAAGUUAGGAAUUAAAGAGAGUAGGGGAUAGUGGAUCCACACACACACACAAAGUACAAGCGCAAGCAAAGAUAUAUGGUAUAUGUAUAUGUUGCUUAGAUCUUAGGUUUGUCUUUGUCUAAACGAAAAGUACAGAUACAGAUACAGAUACAGAUACAGAUACGAUACCGAAAGUAAAAGUAACAAAGAAUUCAAGGCAAUUGGAGCAUUGAAAUAAGCACGACAGUUCCUCAGUGUUUAAUAUUGUAUACUUAACAUAUUAAAUAUAUACAGUAAAAACACAUAGAUACAUAUAUGUAUAUAAAUGUUACGGCUAUUGUAAAUGUGUGUGCUUUAUAUAAAUGUGCUUCAGAGAAACAACCCAUUUUUAUAUAAAUAUAAAAUAACGAAACUAAGCGAACUACUACCUCAAAAAAAAAAAAAA